ACUGCGGAUCAAGGUCACAGUCCGAGGGCGAGGUUUCAGUGUUACCGAGACGUGCAAGUGUCCGUGUGGUUUCAAUAUUUUAGGGUUCGCCGAAGUUUCGCCUAUUUUCCUUGCUAUCGAUUAAGUCACCGGGAUACAAAUUACAAAAUCGAAAAAAAUGCACCAACUAACUGAUCAAAUGGUAUCCGGAUUAAAAAAUUAUAAAUACUCGUGUGUGGAUAAUUCACCCUUUUCAGUAUAUGUUAUGCAUCCCUUCUGGAAUUGGUUGGCAAAAUUUUACCCUGUUUGGCUAGCUCCAAACCUCAUAACAUUCACUGGUUUCCUUCUAACUGUAGCCCAUUAUCUCCUAUUGUGCUGCUAUAAUCCCACUUUCUUCUCAACAGUCAAUGUUCCUACUUGGGUUUGGCUUGUUACAGCUUUCCUUGUAUUCAUUGCCCAUACUUUAGAUGGUACAGAUGGAAAACAGGCUCGUCGAACUAGGUCGUCAUCGGCUCUUGGUGAAUUAUUUGACCAUGGAUGCGAUUCGUGGGUGUGUCUUUUUCUUGCUGGAUCAAUGUUCUCAUUGUUAGGUAAUAUUUAUACUGUGAGAGAAAUGUUUAUGGGGCAGUGGGUAUUAAUUAUCACUUUUCUUCUAUCCCAUUGGGAAAAAUACAUUACGGGUACCUUAUUUCUACCUUGGACGUUCGAUACAAGUCAAAUAAUGGUUGCUCUGGUCUUCCUGCUCGCCUAUUGGCGAUCACCUACUAUUUUUAUGAAACCACUUUUAUUUGGCUGGUCAUGUGCAGCUGUUUUCAAGUUCACACUCUUUUUUUCAUUUUACUUUGUUCAUAUACCAAUUACAUUGUGGAAUAUUAUAAGAACUUGUCCAAAUAAACAACCAUGGCAUCGUGGUCUUGGAUUAUGGGGUGUAGUCAGACCUCUUAUACCUGCAGGACUACUUAUAUUUAGUUCAUAUACAUGGGCUUAUUAUUCACCAUCAAAUCUACUGGAAAAGAACACACGUACAUUUUUAUUUUGCUGUGGAACAAUUGCUUCAAAUGUAACAUGUCGUUUGAUCGUCGCGCAAUUAUGUCAUGUCCCAGCGCCAUUGCACAAUAAAGAAGUUUAUUUAUAUUCAAUAGUUACUGUUGUUAUAUGUUUCAUUCUUCCAAUAAAUAAAGAUGAUUCUAUUGAAUGUAUCGUCCUCCAUUUAAUAACGAGUUUCGUUACAUUGGAUCAUCUUUAUUAUGGUUAUCAAGUGGUAAAUGAGAUUUCAUCAUGUCUUUAUAUAAAAGUGUUCAGUAUUACUCAUUAACAACAACAUAGUUUGAAUCAAACUUACCUCUUGAUCCUUAUUAUUAUUUCUAUGUACAUUAUAAGAUCAAUUAUCUUAUUUCUUUAUGUGUAUGAUGAAGUAUUCAUAUUUACUCUGUGGAACUUGUAUUGUUUCAGCACAGAAUCUCAUUGUUCUUUAUUCUUCAAAUAUACAUGAUUCUUUUAUCUUCUUUCUCUCUCUCUCUUCCUAGCAAAAUAAACAAUGUCAAUAUUUCUAUUAUAGCUUUUAUUUUGUUUUAUUACUUGUUUUGCACACACACAUACAUAUGUACACCUUAUUUUACUUUCUUCAAAUCUAUUUCCAUCUGUGUAAUAAAUAGCAUUAAACAGGUAUAUAUGAAUGUGUUCACUGUUUCAGCAUGAGUAAGAAUUCAUGUUUCUGUUUCCUUCUUUCUUUCUUCUUUUCUUUUACAGUUUUAGCUAGUUUUCUAUGAUGCAAUUAUAUACAUAUAAUACAUAUUUAAAUGUUUCCUUUAAUAAUUCCUCUUUCAUAUGUAUGAAUGUCAUUUAUCAAAAUAUAUUUUAUUUCAUUUUGUUGAAAUUAAUUUACGUCUUAUAAUUGUUUUAUCUCUCUUAACUCUUCUGACUAAAAUAUAAUUUCAAUGGUUGAGAUCUUGAGUUAGUUGAAGCUAGCCCACCAUGAAAAACCUGGGAGCGCUGGACGGCUGUUUCGUCUUGUUGUGGGACUCCUCAGCAGUGCAUAUCCACGACCUCGCCUCGUGAGAUUCGAACCCAGGAAAUUUCUAAUUGUGUAUAUUUCUAAAGGUUUUUAAACUGAUCAAAUUUAUGUUCAUCUAAUAAAAAUAAGCAACAAAUAAAGUCUAUGGGUAAGUUAUUAGGUUCUUUUGAUUUAAUUCUUUCCAAAUGCUCAUUUUACAGUAUUUAUCUCAAACUGUGAAUAGUUGGAUGGUUCUCUAGGAAAUUUAUUACAGCACAAAUAAAUAAAUAGAAGUGUAAAAUUAAUAAUCUUGAGGAAUAAAGAAACAGAAUUUCAUACAACACUAACUAAAUAAACAAGUCAAUAAUCACUCCUUCAAUAUUUUCCUUGUUUUUUUUUUUUUUGGUAAAAUAAAAUCGUG